CCUAACCUGUUUGAAUAUUUUAUUCCAAAUUCCACAGUGUUCUCUACUAUAGGUAGUCACAGAUUAAUUAAUAAUUGAAUGAUUUUGAAGUACAAAAAAUAAACAAACUAAUAACUAUGUAGAUUUACUUGUAUAUUGUAUUUAUAAAACAUCAAUAAUAGUCCAAAAAAUAGUGUAAUUAUUAAUGUGCGAAUCUGUAACAAAUAGUAAUUGUUUUCAUGUAAAGUGCUUACAAAUUACUUCGUUGCCCCGAACAAAAUAUUUUAUCAAUUAAUCUUUAGGUUUACCUGUUUUUUUAAUAUAACCAUGGCCACCAAGCAGAAGAAUAUCUUUACCAGAAGCAAACCUUUGAUGAACAUAUAUAGUGGAGUGGACCAGGAAGGCAAAGAGGUGGAAGUACGGGAAGAUGCUGAACAGCUUGUAAAAUGGCAUGAAAUAUCUGAUGCGCUAGUAGCAGCUGGGUAUUAUAGGGCUCAACUGCAAGGCUUGUCAGCUUUUGAUAAAAUUGUUGGUGGUCUGACAUGGUGUAUAGAACUGUGUGACAUAGAUGUUGACAUUAGUUUAUUGUUUGAGGAGAAUCUUACCAUAGGCAAAAAGAUAGCAUUAACAGAGAAGAUAGUAAAAACCCUACCAAGUAUGAAAUGCCCAUUCAUCAUUGAGCCCCAUCAAAUACAAGGUCUGGACUUCAUCAACAUUUUCCCAUUGAUUCAAUGGCUGAUAAAAUACUCAAGUGAGUUCAGAGAAGCUAAGGAAGAUGAACUGCGCAAGUUUGCAGUGAUGCAGUAUGAAAAAGAUCACAUAUUUGAAUCUGAUCGAACCCUUUACCUCCAAAGUGAGAAAUUGUUGCAAAAUCUUGUUGUUGUACAGAAUUUAUACAAACCAUGUAGAGUUAGGAAAAGGAAAGGAGCUUUCCCUACAAAUGAGUUAGAACAAGUAAAUGCAGUAUUGUCCGAGUAUGACCAACGCAUGUUGAUGCAUGUUUCAAAUCACAAAAAUGAGGAUAAACAGGAUGAGGGACUAGAUUUCUUGUAUGAUUAUGAAAAAACUUUGGCGGAUCCUUCAGAUAUAACUACAGAAACAGACAGAUAUUCUGAAGAUAAAGAAAACAAAGAUACAGCCAAUACAAAAAUCCACUAUGCAGUCUUACAUUCUGAGCUGACAGGAGAUAUACCUAAGGAACUAGAAGAGAAAGAGAAAAUUAAAUACUCUGAAGAUAUUGAGAGACUAACAAAAGUUAUUGAAACUAUGGAAACUGAAAUAGAUGUUGUUAGAAAAGACCACGAAGCAAGAAUAGACAAUGCAAAAGCUAAAUAUGCAGAUGUAAUGAAUAAUUUGCAGAAUAUUACUAAAAAGUUAAUGAAAACAGAUGAUUAUAGUGAUAAAAAUGUUAAAGAAGUUUACAAGUCAUUGAAAGAACUGGCGAGGGAAAGAAAUGAACUCUUAAAGUUAAUUGAACAUAGGGAAAAUGAACAUAAGAAAUUGGAAGAGCUUUCGCGAACUGCCAAAGAACCCGAAACGGUUGUAGAAGAACAACCUCUGACGCCCGAUGAGCUGAAAGAAUUCCAAGAUAGAGAGAAAAAGUUGAAGGAUUACAUUAGCGGUGUCAGAGUGGAGUUAGGGCAUUUGAACCGGCAAGUGUUAAGAUAUACGGUGGCUAUAGACGAAGUGCCUGGCACGGCUGAGUUGCUGCAGUACGAGAAGCGAUUCGUGGAACUUUACAAUCAAGUUGCAUCGAAACACAAGGAAACCAAGCAAUAUUACAUAUUUUAUAACACUCUGUAUGAAGUUAAACUGUAUACCUCCAAGGAAUUGAGUCUGUUGAAUUCAAUUUUAGAUAACUACGACGAGGUAAUGUCAUCAGCUAGAAAAAGGGAAGAGUUCAUGACCCAAUUUGAAUCGAUAGUGGAAUGGGUGAAUCAAACCGUCAAAAAGGUCGAGCAGAAGUUUAUACAUGAGAAAGAACAAAAGGCGGCGUUGCACGCAGAAUAUUCUAGACUCAUGGACGUGCAGAGACAGUACGCGGCGGCCUUGAAGAAGUUGGCUGAGGGUAGGCAUAAGUUUGGUCGGGACGAGCCUUAAUAGUAUCGGACCAAUAGGUUCGAUGAUAUUCAGUUGCCAUUGAACGGUUUGCAUAAACCUUAAGUUUGGCAGAGCGGAAUGUUAGUAAUGUUGAAAGUAGCUCAACAGUUUCAUGAACUUCGCCCAUCAUAUCGACUCAACACCGUCUCGACUGGAAUGAAGGCAUCUGAAUGAAAAAUUUUUCAAUAUUUUUGGACCACGAGUGGAUUCCUAAUUUUAGGGCUGUAUCUGAUUACUUUCAGUGAAAACUGUGGCAGUGGUUUACUCAAAAACGAUAAGGUUUUCGGUUUCACAGAUAAAUCCAGAGUCGGUACAUAAUGCGCCAAAAGCAUGUGAAGUAUUACGCCGAACUCGUAGCGACUAACGCUAUGAGUUCGGCCUUUUUGUCGAUAUAACAAAGUUAGUUCAUAAGCACCGCCAAAAUAGGAAUGCCGUUCGGACUUUCGUCUUUGCUCCAUCUGUUAUGGGUUUGUUCAAAUCUCGUUGAACAUGCAUAUUUUACUCAAGUGCGUUCCACCUUAGGCCGUAUCAUCACUUACGAUCCAGUGUGAUAGCAGUCAGGCGCUAUAUA